AUCGUCAUCGUAACACCAUCCUCAUCCCAAACCUAUAAACGCAAAUGGUUUCAGGCGGCAAUGAUAAGAACGUACCCGCGGUAGUCUCUCUGGCAGCCGGCGGCAUUGCUGGCGGCGUGGAAGGGUUCCUCUCGUAUCCUAUGGAAUUUGCGAAGACACGAGUGCAAUUGAGAGCAGAGAAAGGCAUACCGACACCUCGGAAUCCUUUCUACGUCGUCACGCAGGUGUAUCAGAAUGAAGGCAUUAGAGCGCUCUACAAGGGCUGCGGCGCACUUGUAUUUGGUUCGGUCGGAAAGGAUGCCGUGAGAUUUCUGUUCUUCGACCAAAUCAAGUUGUCCUUCGCAGAUCCAGAGACCGGGACCCUUUCACCUCUUCGCAAUCUACUGGCCGGCAUGUCCGCAGGAGUAGUCGCAUCCAUCACUGCCGUGACGCCAACAGAGCGCAUCAAAACGGCCCUGAUAGACGACGCGAGAAAUGAGAAGCGCUUCCGCUCUGGUCUACACGCCACCACGACUAUCUGGAAAGAGCAUGGUAUUCGGGGCUUGUACCGCGGCUUUGCUGGCACCACGCUCAAGCAAGCAUUUGCCACGGCUUUCCGAAUGGGAACCUACAACAUCCUUAAAGACUUUGAAAAGACUCGAAAUAUAGAGCAAAACACUGCUGUCAAUUUUGCCAACGGCUCCGUGGCUGGCAUUGUCACAACACUAUCCACACAGCCUUUUGAUGUUAUCAAGACACGGUCGCAGAGCGCAAAAGGGACGACUACGGUCGAGGCUGUCAAGAGCGUGUUGUUGGAUUAUGGAAUCCGCGGGUUCUGGAAAGGCACGACAAUGAGGUUGGGACGCACCGUUUUUAGUGGUGGUAUACUGUUCACCAGCUAUGAGGCUGCUGUCAAGAUUAUUAUGCCACUAUAUCCUGGGGCGAAGCAGGCUCAAGCUUUGUAGACCGAGUAUGUUAAUAGUUGAACUAGACGAGAACAUUACACGUCUAAUAGAAGAACGAAACUACA